AUGUGCAGCGUCAAGUCCUUCCUGCUGGACCAGUCCAAAGUCCUCGUCAUCGGCGCAGGGGGUCUUGGCUGCGAAAUCAUUACAAAUCUGGCGCUGAGUGGGUUCAGGGACAUUCACGUCAUCGACAUGGAUACAAUCGAUGUCAGUAACCUCAACAGGCAGUUCCUCUUCCGAGAGAAGGACGUAGGACAGCCCAAAGCAACGACCGCGGCCGAGUUUGUCAUGAAGAGAGUGCCCGGCGUCAAGGUGACCCCUUACUUUGGCAAGAUUCAAGACAAAGACGAAGACUACUAUAUGCAAUUCAACCUUGUCAUCUGCGGUCUGGACUCGGUAGAUGCUCGCCGCUGGAUUUCGGCAACACUGGUGAACAUGGUCGAUCCAGAAAACCCCGAGUCGCUCAAACCGCUCAUCGACGGUGGUACAGAAGGUUUCAAAGGUCAAGCUCGUGUCAUCCUGCCCACCAUUACGAGCUGCUACGAAUGCUCACUAGACAUGCUCAAUAAGCAGACUGUGUACCCUAUUUGCACAAUUGCAAACACUCCAAGGCUGCCGGAGCAUUGCAUCGAAUGGGCUAGCGUUCUAGAGUGGCCUAGGCUGAUGGGAGACAAGAAGCUGGACAAGGACGACCCGGAUCACAUCUCCUGGUUACUGGAAAGAGCGCAGACCAGAGCCAAGGAACAUAACAUCGAGGGUGUGACAUACUCUCUCACACAAGGGGUAGUGAAGAACAUCAUCCCAGCCAUCGCUUCGACCAAUGCCAUCAUUGCGGCGGCCUGUACUCAAGAAGCCUUCAAAAUUGCCACGACUUGCAACCCUUUCUUGAACAACUACAUGAUGUAUACCGGCAACGAAGGUGUAUACACCUACACCUUUGAACACGAGAAGAGAGAGGAAUGUCCCGUCUGCGGUGGGGAGAGCCGAGAGUUUGUGGUCGGCAAAGACUGGAAGUUUGAGCGAGUGCUGGAGAUGCUGCGAGAGAUCCAAGACCUGCAGAUCAAAAGGCCUUCGCUCUCUUCAGCCCGCUCGGGACCUCUCUACUAUCAGGCGCCUCCACAGCUCGAAGAAAGCACGCGGCCCAAUCUGGAGAGACUAUGUGGAGAGCUGCUAGAAGAGGAAGAAGAGUUGACUGUCACGGAUGCUAGUCUGCCCUUCACCCUGACUUUGCGGAUCAAGUUUGAGUAG